AUGGGUUCAAUCGCACAAUAUGUCCCCUCAGAGUCGAAACUCUUCAAACCAUUACAAGUUGGCAAUUCCUUGCUACAACAUCGCAUUGUUUUCCCACCGUUGACCCGUCUUCGCAACGACGAUGACCAUGUACCUUUGCCCCUCAUGGAAAAAUACUAUGCCGAUCGCGGCUCCACGCCCGGAACGCUAGUCGUUGCAGAGGCCACAGCCAUUUCACACGGCGAAGAAGGCAACUGGAAUAACCCCGGCCUGGUCAGCGAUCAACAAGUCGAGGGAUGGCGUAAAAUCAUCGAUGCAGUCCACGCCAACAAGUCGGUUUUUUUCCAGCAGAUCUGGGCUAUGGGGAGAGCGUCCCAUCCCGAUGUGCUGGCAACUCGAGGGUUUCCUUAUAGAUCCAGCAGUGCUGUGCCUUUGAAAAACUCCGAAACUGUACCUCGUGCCAUGACGGAAGCUGAGAUCUUGGAGACGAUUCAAGACUUUGCUGAUACUGCGAAGCGUGCAGUGCUGGCUGGUGCUGAUGGUGUGGAGAUUCACUCUGCGCAUGGUUAUUUGCUCGAUCAGUUUCUUACAUCGAGUGUCAACCAACGUACCGAUAAGUGGGGUGGAUCUAUUGAGAAUAGAUCUCGGCUUACACUUGAGGUUGUCCGUGCCGUUGUGCAGGCUAUCGGUGCUGAGAAGGUGGCUAUUCGGUUCUCGCCUUACGCCGGUUUCCAGGGGUCCGAGAAGGCCGAUUACCGGGAGCUAUACACAUAUCUUAUCACAGAGCUCAAGAAGAUGGAUGUCAAGUUUGCCUACCUCUCUCUUGUUGAAGCGACUGGUGACCCUGGGACUUUGAUUUGGAAUGACAAAGCCAUUCACCAGGAAAAAUCAUUGGACUUUAUCCUCGAGGCUUGGGACAACCUUUCGCCUGUCGUUGUUGCUGGUGGCUAUGAGCCAGAUACAGCCGUCUCGGCAGUGGAGGAGAAGUACAAGAAGUGGGAUGUUAUGGUCGCUUUCGGGCGCCAUUUUAUCGCCAACCCUGACCUGGUUUACCGGGUUAAGGAGGGCAUUCCCCUGGCCAAGUACAACAGGCCGACUUUCUACACGAACAAGGCAUGGAAAGGCUACAAUGACUAUCCAUUUAGCCCGGAAUUUUUAAAGACACACCCUCAUGCUGUGCAUCCAAUGACUGAAUAA